AUGAAUAUCUUCAUCGUCGCUGCUCUGGCCCUGGUGGCUGCUGCCGACCGGCCCCAGUCUUCCUACAGGCCCCGACCUGCCUACUCUGCCCCGACCUACUCUGCCCCGACCUACGCUGCCCCGACAUACUCUGCCCCGACAUACUCUGCCCCCACCUACUCUGCCCCGACAUACACCGCCCAGCCCAGCUACAAGCCCAUCGCUAUCCUUGAGGAGAAGAGCGUCCACCCCGGAGAUGGAUCCUACAACUUCCACUUCAGCACCGAGAACGGCAUCUACAGGUCUGAGAGCGGCGUGCCUCUGCCCGGCUACGGCAAGAACGCCUACGGACAGCCGGAGGGCAGCUACCGCCAGGAGGGCUCCUGGAGCUACUCCGACGGAUACGGCAAUCCCAUCAAGGUGACAUUUGUCGCCGACAAGAACGGCUACCAGCCGUCCAGUGACAUCCUGCCGACGCCGGUGCCCACCCAGUACCCGACCCCUGCUGUUGACCCCGCCUACGUCGAGCCCCAGCCCGCGUACCAGCCCGCCUACGUUGAGCCCCAGUCCGCAUAUCAGCCCGCCUACCAGCCCGCCUACAACUAAGCAACACGGCGAUGUCAUGGCGAGUGCUUCGCAUCGAACAAAGCCAUGUAAAGUUGACUACAGUCAGUGUCGGAACGGCACGGUCGUGACUUUGCGUGGAAGUCAGCUACAAAUGGCCGCAGUGAUGCUCAUUGUAUUUAUAUGGGUGCUGUUUGAAUAAUAAAAUAUUC